CUGAGGUGUCUGUGGGUCUAGGUGAUGAAGACAAGUGAUCAAAGAAGGUGGUGAGCUUUGUGGGCUGAAAGACCUCCUGCAACAUAGACCCUUCAACACAGUAGAGUUUCAUAAUUAGAAGUGUGCAAGAGGACAAGAUGAAGUUCAUUUAUCUAGCUGCUUUUCUUUGCUCUCUGGUGGUGAUGGGUGUUGUGUUAGCAGGGAAUGAUGGCCCAGAACCAAACUGUUGUUUAAUGGUUAAAGACACCAGAAUACUACUAACAAACAUCAAAAGAUACAGAAUGCAAAACACACCACCUUGUUCUAUCAAAGCUGUAGUGUUCAUGACUGUGCGGAGUAAAAGUAUAUGCUCUGAUCCAGAAGAUAGCUGGGCCAAGUGGGCUAUGUGCGAGGUGGAUAGAAGAACAUCUAACAAACAGCCUGCCGAUGGGUGCAGGAUAAUAUCUCCAACUUCUCCAAUCAGCACCUUAACUCCAGUGAGUACAGAGAGCACACAGUUCUCUGUGGGUACUACGACAUCUGGACCUGAGAAAAAUACAUCACAGAUCACAUACAGCACAUAUAAAGCGACAAACAAAGUAACAACCCUUGCAGUGGUCACCACCACACCCCCACCUAUGUCCACAAGGACUUCAAAGGAGAAAGUGACCUCAGCAAAACCUACUACCAAAACAACUGUUGAAGAACCUUCAACUACAACAUCUUCAUUGCCAAUCACUCUGACCACCACUCGACGUGGACUUACAACACCAUUGCCAGUGGAUGUCAAAGAAAAUACCAUCUCAAAGACAACGGACAAAAUACAAAAUGUUUCAGGGGGAAAGAAUCUGAAAAAUAAAAAUAUAAUGAAGAAAAAAAGAGUUUCACCACAAGGGGACACACUCAUCCAGAGCUGCAGUGUUGGGUAUCUGCACUUCAAAUCCUGCAUCUGAACAUUGUAGUAGUCUGAGGCCCUUAAUAUCUCAAAAUCAACAGAGUUAUAUCAGGAAAAAAGCACACAUACCCACACACACCUUUGUGGGCAGUAAAGUAUAUAUAUCCAGUUGGAGUCUCAAAAUUGGAGUAUCAAAUAGAGAUGAGGGCAGUGUGUUUUAAGGUUUAAUAUAAGAGUCUUAAGUAAGAUAUCAGUGAGUCUCAAAGCUAGUCUCAGUGGGGCGAUAAAAAUUCAGUUUUUCCGAUGGCACAAUGGAAGGUUUGUUGCACAGGCAGGAAACUUGGUAAAGUUUUACUUGGUAAAAAACCCUAGAGAUUGUCAGAUCUGUCAGACCCUUGAAAGAGACCCUACUAAUCUAGAACAAGAUGUUAAACCAACACAAUAAUGUUGAUUUUCAUACACAGGAGGCUGGGGUGUCUUAUUUUGCUUCUUGAUUUCCUUUCUGUUUGUUUUGGCCCGCUUGUUGGGUCACCAUUUGUACGGCAGACAGAAAUUAGAUUCUUAAUAAAGCUUGCGAUUGGAAUGAACAUUUCAGGAAAUUACAAUCAAUACUUGGCUUCAGAUGCUCGUCUGAUAUUGAGCCUUUUUUUUUUAUUUAUUUAUUUUAUGAAAAAAUGCAUUGCAAAAUGUAGGAAACACGGUUAUAUUGGAAAGCAAAUAGAUGCCUGCUGUUAUCAAACUUGAAGAUACCGUUGAUAAGAGGCAGAAUGGAUUUUAUUUCGAUCUUUAAACAAGAGGCAAACAAAACAAUUGGAUUGAUUGAGAUCAUAUCUCACAGGUGUUGAGAUUCAAAAAUACCGGUCCAGAAAUCAGACUGCUGUUGUCUUCCCCUUUCCCCCAUGCGUGCACUGUUGCCUGGUUCAUGUAUUAUAAGUGAUUUUGGGCUUGUUUUUUUAUUAAGUUACUUCUAAAUAAGGGCAGUCAGGGGUUGCGUUUUUCUGGACUUAUAGGGGAGACCAGGCUAGUUGUCACACUUUUUAACUCUAGUAAAUAUUAUUCACGGUAGGUUUAUUUUUGAAAGUCAAUUUAUGUAUAGCCACAGACCUUAAAGUCUUGACUACAAAAAAGCUAUUAAACAUUUUCACUGUUAUUGACCAGUAAAAAAAGAUACUUUUCAUUGAACACAUGUUGAUCUAAUAGCAGGGCAUGUUGUCACACUAUAUGGGCAAAGCUGUUACAGUAGAACCUGUCAUUAAACCAGUGGUGUAGGUUUCAUGUGAAUAUUGGACCCACUGCAAAAAACAAAAAGCAAACUGUACGCCUCUCUUUAAAGCUACGCCUGAAUUUAACAGCCCAUUAUAGGAUUUUCAGCUAAAAUUAAACUACUAAAUUACGGCUUUGAACUAGAUGUUUGAAACCAACAUACAAAAUCACUGCUAGAGAAAAUACACAUCUGUGUAAUUGGACUUUUGAAUCAAAACCUUACAGUUACUGCGAUGUAGCCUUUGUGACCCCUAUUUAUGAAAAGCUAAUUUAUAAAUUAAAUAAGCAAUUAAAUUAAAUAAAUAUUAAGGACUUGUUUUGUCAGACCAGAUUUCUUCUUUUUUAUGCAACAUCUGGCAACACUGUCUGAGUGGAUCACCCUACAUCACAAGGACAUCUUGACAGAGGUCUAAGCUGCAUAUUGUCCAUAAAAAUUUUGUUGUUUUUUUCCAAUAACAACUAAAAACUGUGCUGAAAUCAAUCAAUACCUUUUUAUAUCACAGCUGUUAAAAUUCUCAUAUAAAUGUGUGAAUGUUUACAGUUGUCUAUUGUGAGUCCGUAUCUUUCACACUGGGAUGGACAUGCACAUGUUGACACAUACAGCAGUUUUCUUCCUCAGAUUUUUAACGGCUUGGCUGAGCUGAGCUACUCAUAAAUCUAUGGGAAAUAAAUGCCAGCAGCUCUUUGCCUAAGCUGGCCAUGCGAAAAUGAAGGGAAUAAAACAGGGCUUAAUAGCACAGGGCAGGUAAUUACCUUCUCUGGCCUGCUCGUCCGUGAAAAAAUGAUAAUAUUGCACACUAAUAAGACAGAGCCAAACUCCCACUGCCCAUGUAGGGAGGGUCACUGUAUUUUGUGCUGAAGCCUGAGUUCAUAUUAAAAUUUUGGGAUAAUUCUUUGUAAAUUAUUUUCAUGUCUGACAAUAUUAAUAGUAAUUGUGAGAGAUAUGACACUGUAGUGUAGGCUGUUAAAGGGAUUGUUCACCUAAAAAUGUACAGUAUGUCACACAUUCUGUCAUCAUUUACUCACACUAAUGUUUUUCCAAACCCAGAUGAAUUUCUUUCUUUCUUGGAACAUAAAAGGAGAUAAUAGGCAGAAUGACAGAAUCAGUCACCAUUCAUUUUAAUUGCAUAGAUAAGGAUUAGGGAUGUCAUAAAAUAUUGAUAAAUCGGUUAUUGAUCGGUAUGUUAUUUUAACAAUAUAUUUUUGAGGCAUCGAUAUAUUAAAUUAGAAGCCUAAUUUGCAUGCUUUCUAAUUCACUCAGUUUGUCUCUGUUUAACAGUUUGAUGCAAUAGCAUUGGGAGACCACAAGAGGGUGAUAUAACAUUUACUGAAGCCGGUCGCAGUAAGGAAAGGCACAGGUAUCACAC